AUGGCGGACCCCACUUUUGCGGCGACCAGUAGCAGCACAUCUUUCCUGGGGCUACGCGAACACUUGGUUGCCAUGGCUCAAGAACUAGCUGAAGAAAGGCGAUAUAAAUGUGGUAGUAAUUCUUCUGCAGGUGCAAAUAAGAGAUAGUCAUGUACACCAGAUGGUUCUGUCCUUAAAAAUGAUGUCAAACAGCAGCUAGCCAAAGAACGCAGAGAACAACAGAAACGUCAGCAAGAAGCCAACAAGGAAAAACAACUGCUUGAGAAAGAACAGAAGGCGAAGCUGCAGAAUGAAAAGCAAUUGGAAGAAAAACACCGUAAGCUGAAGGAACAAAAAGAAAAGGACCAGCGACGACAAGCAUCUGCAGAAGAAAAAAGAAAACAGAAGCAGGCAGAAGAUACAGAAAAAUUUAAGGCUGUUGUGUCUCGUACAUUGGAGCGAUGCAAUCAUAUUGAUCAACGACAGAAAAGGUGGUCGUGGGAGGGUGGUGUGAUGAAUGCUGACAAGUCUGGAAAACUGGAAAAUAAACGAAGUUCCUCUCUGAGUAGAAAAGACAACCGAUUACAUCCCAGAAGUGAUAUGCAACACGUGGACAACACACCUGGCAUGACCAAAUAUGUUUUCCGCUAUGUUACUGCACCAGUAACAAAGGAAGGCAGCACUGCCAUCCGUCCUACUCAAAGUGCCAGCAGCAAUCCCAAUCACAAGUGGCUUUGUGACAAGGUUAUAGACUUUAGUCAUACACCUUUUCUAAAGACCACCCUAACAAAGAGCAACAAAGAAAGUCCAGUGGAUUCUAAAAUAGCUUGCCAAGGUCCUCAGGCACAUUUGGACCAUAGGAAAAGAACCAACUCUGUUUCUGUCCCUUUAACCAAUGUUUGGUCCCACCUCCACAUAGCUGGAAGAGCAACUAAUCUUAACAUCCCUUUGCUUCUGUCUAUUCCAGACUGGCAUUUGCAAAAGAGGCAGAAGAGAGUGAUGUGUAAAUCCUGUGGGGCCUUGAAGAUUGAUCAUCUUCCACUCUGUAUUAAAACUCCCAAGGCCAAGACUCAAAAUUGUCUGAUUUUAGACUUGAACCUGGCAAAAUAA